UUGAAGCGCACACUGUGUCCGUUUUUCUGUAUGUAACUCUAUUCUGUUUUAUAUAUUACACAUCACGAGCUAUUACAUCGAUUAAGGGUUUCACCAAUGUGGUUUUGAAACAAAGUGCCUGAAUGAUGAGAUGCAUUAAGGUGCAGAAGGCUUUCUGAACACACAUAACCACCGCCUUGUUCCAUCUAAUCUAUCUAAUUGGUUCGCUUUUUUAUUUUUUCGUAUAGCUGUAUAGUGUGCUAAUCAGAUACAUGGGUGUGAUGUUGAAUGAACUGACCACAGAGCCUUUAUACAGAGGCGUGCACGGGCACGAUGCGCGCUCCCGUGCCGACAGAAUUACUACAACCUCAGACAAUACAUAUUAAAACGAUCAGAGGGCUAGCAUUCGAGGAGCUGACCAGGGCUUUACAGAUUUCCGCCUUGUGUAUGCAAAGAUUUUGAUCCAUCAAAUGUAGCCCAACAGCUAAGUAGUGAAUUCUCACACUCAAUCUCGUUUGGUCGACUGAAGAAAAAUCACGAUGAAAUUUCCAGUUGAAAAUCCAAGGAAACAAGUGAAUUGGAACCCGGAGCAAGUGGUGGUUCAGACAAACAUGGCCCCUCCAAAGAAGCUGCAGCCAGGUGUGAUACAGUCCUCCCUGGUUCAGGCCAGCGUAACUGCCAUGCAGAAUCCCAUGGGUUGUGAUGUAAAGGCAAAUGAACACUGCCCCCUGCCACGGCUCUCCAUCUCCUCACGCUCAGCGAGCAUAGUGGCCAGCAUGGAUGCUGUAGCUGAUGGCUCGGCCCUCCAUUCUGUGAUGAAGUGGAAGACGGUGCUGGCUGUGUUUGUGGUGGUAGUGCUCUACCUUGUGGGGGGUGGUUUAGUGUUUCAGGCACUAGAGCAGCCCUUUGAGAGUGACCAGAAAAACACCAUCACACAGGAGAAAGCUCGGUUCCUCGAAGGGAACCCAUGUGUAUCACCUGCCGAGCUGGAAGCUUUAAUCAAGAUAUCAGUGCUCCUUCAUUUUAUAUCAUCAGGCCAUUUAAGGUCUACUGAGAAUAACCCUCCUUCUGAACCACCUUUGCUUGCAGUGAGACAUUCAAUAGAUGCGGUCAGUGCUGGGGUUAGUCCAAUCGGAGACACAUCCUAUAACUCCAGCCACUGGGACCUUGGCAGUGCCUUUUUCUUUGCUGGGACUGUCAUCACCACCAUAGGCUAUGGGAACAUUGCUCCCAGCACUGAGGGUGGCAAGAUUUUCUGCAUCCUGUAUGCCAUAUUUGGAAUUCCUCUUUUUGGAUUCCUACUAGCUGGCAUUGGUGAUCAACUAGGGACAAUGUUUGUUAAGAGCAUUUUAAAGGUGGAGGGAAUUUUCCGGCAGAAGCAUAGGCAGAUUAGUCAGACUAAAAUCCGUGUCACCUCCACAAUUCUCUUCAUCUUGGCCGGAUGCAUCGUCUUUGUCACCAUACCAGCUGUCAUCUUCAAACACAUUGAAGGCUGGACUACCCUGGAGUCUAUCUACUUUGUUGUCAUUACUCUCACAACUGUUGGUAUUGGGGAUUACGUAGCAGGUGGGGACAGAAUGAUUGAAUACAAGAAGUGGUAUAAGCCACUAGUUUGGUUCUGGAUCUUAGUGGGUUUGGCGUAUUUUGCAGCAGUCCUCAGCAUGAUAGGAGACUGGUUAAGAGUCCUGUCCAAGAAGACUAAAGAGGAGGUCGGGGAGUUUAAGGCUCAUGCGGCUGAAUGGAAGGCGAACGUGCGUGCUGAGCUGCGGGAAACUCGGCGACGCCUCAGUGUAGAGCUCCAUGACAAGCUGCAGCGUGCUGCCACCAUUCGAAGUAUGGAACGUCGACGUCUGGGUCUGGAGCAGCGUGCACAAUCUCUUGACAUGCUCUCUCCAGAGAAAAGAGCCAUCUUCUCUAGUUUUGACAGGGGUCGCUUCACCACAUCCUCACAAGAGAGCAUUGAUACAAAGCUGAGCAACAUCCGAAUGAAAGCAGAGCACUAUAACAAGCACACAGCUUCAGAGGAAAACAUCUUUAAUCGCAUUGGCUCUCUCAGUAAGUUGGCCAAGCGCAACAGAAACAAAGACAUGCCGCCAAAUAUAGCAGAGGACGCAAUGAGACUCAGCAGCAACAGCAGCAACAACACACUGGCUGAAGAGAGACAGGAUGAAGAGGAGGAGCAGGAGGAGGAGGUGACAGAGAAAGAGAACAACACCACAAUCACACAAUACAUUGAGCAGCAUGAACAGAUGAAUGGUUUUGUGCCUGCUCAGGCCAAAGAGAGAGAGAGAGAAAAAAUUCUGGUAGAGAGAGAGCAUCAGCCAUAGACAAGUCAAUGUAAAUUGGCGGCAAGCGAUUCAUGAACGCCACAGAAUGUGCCUUUCUGUUUUGUAUGCUAUGGCUCAACUCAUUAAGAUGACUCUUAUUCAAUGUGUCAUAUUCUCAAACAACUAUUACAUCUUAGUUUCCAAAAAUGUGAACUAUCAGGGAUCAUAGAAUUGUCAGUGAAAUCCUAUCAACUAUAAAGCAUGCUGUAUUUCUUUUCUUACGUUUUCAGAAUUAUUUACUGCUGUUUAUAUUGCCGGAUACUGAUAUAGAAACAUUCAAAUGAGGUCUGUGACCAUGGCUUUCCAGGGGCCAUUUCCUCGAACAGAAACUGCUGAUGCUUAGACUCAGUUACUCUGUGUUCAGUUGUAUCUGAGACAUACGUUUACAGAGAUGUUUGGCUGUAAACUCUAUUUGAGAAAGGUCAAAUUGCAGACUGAUUCAAUAACUAAAAUUCAAAAGAGUGGAACUUUGAUAUGAACUGUUUCUGUGCUGUUUCUUGUUGAUCAUUUGCCAAUAUUCCAACAAUAAACAAGCUUACAGAUAAA